AUGGCUGUCUUAUCUCAGGAGGUGAAUGUGUUAAAAGAGCAGCUCAGACAACAGGAAGAGAAAGCCACCUCCGAAAAGGCACGUCUGCUCACUGAAGUGUCAGGUAAGCUAGAGAAAACAGGAGAGGCAGUUCUUGAAAUCAAAAAACUUCAGGAGGACUGUGAAGCUGAAAAGAGGAAGCGGAGGAGACCGAGGAGUGCCUGGCCCAGCAAACAGAGCUGACCUCCAGACUGCAGGCUGAUAUGGACAAGGCCAUCACUGAGGUGAAGAACCAAUGGUGGCAAGACAGAUCCCAGCUCCUGGGGGACAUCAUGCAUCUCCGUGCUGCACUUCACCAUGCACAAAUGACACAGGAGAACCAGAGGCUUCAGUGGGCUGAGCAGCAGGCCAAGGUGACAGAAGACAACUGUCACACCACAGAGCCAAACCAGGUCCAAGAAGAAAGUGCCACCGAGAACCCUGAGAGGGAGGAGGACAAGACUUCUCUUCUGGAUGAGAUGAAAGAAGAGCAGUCCACCGUCAAGGCUGAGCUGAAACAGACUCAAGAAGACCUGCAGACCAAGACCUGCCAGUGGGAGGAGGAGAGGUCCUGACUUCUGUCUGACAAAGAGGAAACCUGCAGAUUGAAGGCUGCUCUCGAGCAGGCUGAGGAAGAUCUGAAGAAGCAGAACCAGCAGGUGGAUGUACUCCCAGGAAAAGAUGGGUCCAGCAAGUUGACAGCUUCCCUCAACCAGGCCCAGAAAGACCUGAAGAAGAAAAACAAGCGAUUGGAGGAAGAGAGAGCAUGUGUCCUCUUUCUCAAGGGGGAAAAUGGCAAGUUAAAGGAGGCCCUCGCCAAGGCUCAAGAGGACCAGCAGCAGUGGGAGGAGGAGAGAACACAGAGAAAGAAGACGCCUCCAAUUUAA